AUGCAGUCAAUUCAAUCGGUAGUAGUGAUGACAUUAGUUCAUGUAGCCGUCAUUGACUAUAUACAUACAUUGUUAGCUGUAGACUAUGGGGAUGUGAUUUAUUCAAAUAUCAUGUUGCAGACAGUAGGCACUUCAAUUCAAAAAACUGAAUUCUUCCAUGAAACACAACCACAUUUGGAUUAUCAUCUUCCAAUGAAUCAUCAAUCUGAUUAUCAUCAUUAUGAUUACAAUGCGAAAAAAAGAGAUACAAUCAUAUCGAAUGGUUCUUCAAUUUUAGAACAAAAUAAAAUACGACCAAUUAAAAAUUGUUUAUUACCAUCACAAACGAACACUGCAACAAAUAAAUCGAGAUUGAAUGUAUACAAUUCACCGAAACAC